AUUGUGUUUCACCUUCAUCUCAUGAAUGUUGCUCUUGUGUCCUGAAAAAACAAACACUUUCAUAAUGGGAAACUCAUGCAGGAAACCAGUUUCUCAUGUGUCUUCAACAAGUAUUUUUGGAAGUACAAAGCCUCAAAGUAAGACAAAGAAGUAUUCUAAAAUUCCAGAACGAAAAGAUGCUUUGCAAACUUCAGGAUCAAGUGUUGACAAAUCCAUCUCCAAUAAGCUCAAGUCCUUCACCUUCACUGAUCUAAAGGAGGCCACUAAGAACUUCAAGCAAGAAAAUUUAAUUGGGGAGGGAGGAUUUGGGUUUGUCUACAAGGGAUGGAUAGAUGAGAACACUUAUGCUCCCACAAAACCAGGGACUGGGAUUGUAGUGGCCAUUAAGAACCUUAAGCCAGAAAGCUUUCAAGGCCACAAGGAAUGGCUUGCAGAAGUCAAUUAUCUAGGGCAGCUUCACCAUGAAAAUCUGGUGAAACUUAUUGGUUACUGCUCAGAUGAUAAACACAGGCUUCUAGUUUAUGAGUUUAUGCAGAAAGGAAGUUUGGAAAAUCAUUUAUUCAGAAAGGGUGUUCAACCCAUUACUUGGAUUACACGGAUCAAUAUUGCAAUUGCUGUUGCAAGAGGAUUAACAUUCUUACACUCCCUUGAUGCAAAUGUUAUCUACCGUGAUUUAAAGGCUUCCAACGUCCUGCUUGAUUCGGAUUUCAAUGCUAAACUCUCUGAUUUUGGCUUGGCAAGAGAUGGUCCAACUGGAGAAAACACUCACGUUUCAACCAGAGUUAUUGGAACUCAUGGUUAUGCUGCACCAGAGUACGUAGCUACAGGUCAUUUGACCCCUAGGAGUGAUGUAUACAGCUUUGGUGUGGUCUUGUUAGAGUUACUAACAGGAAGGCGUGUAGUUGAAGAUGAGAGACCUGGAUUUUCAGAAGAAACACUGGUGGAUUGGGCAAGGCCAUUCCUGAGUGAUAGUAGAAGAAUUUUGAGAAUCAUGGAUACCAGGUUGGGUGGUCAAUAUUCCAAGAAAGGAGCCCAAGCUGCAGCUUCACUUGCACUGCAAUGCCUGAAUACUGAUCCCAAACAUAGACCACCUAUGGUGAAUGUUCUAGCUGUAUUGGAAGCUCUGCAUUCCUCAAAUUCAAUCCCAAAGACCCCAAAAUCUAGAACUGAGAAUAAUGCAAACAAGCAUUCUAGUCAUUCCCAUAAGUCAGCUGGAAAUACUAACAAACUAUGAGCUGCUUUUUUCUAUGUGGAUUAAUACUUGUGCAUCCCAACAAGUGCUUUGUUCUUUCAAUUCUGUGGCUAAGUGAAUGAUUUUCAUCUGAACGUGGGACAAAGUAUGAUUUUUUUUUUCUUUUAUUUUGGCGGGGUUCAUUAUUGGAAAGCAUUACCAUACUUAAGCAGCUGGAUUCUUAUGAUUAUAUGAAUUGUUUGA